AUGAGUUUAAAGAAAAUGAAUUUACCAGUGGAAAAGGCUGACUGCAAAAAGCUUUCGGUGAAAUGCGAGGAAGAGGAAGAAGGCGACAUACAUCCUCGAUGUGUGCAUGGACCAACUGUAUUAUUUUACUAUGAAGAUAAGGGACAUCAGCAUGGCUAUUAUGCCUGUUCCGCCCAUCGAGACAAGAAACAGUGUUCAUUUCAUGUCGCUGUUGAAGAUUUGACUAUGAAGCAUUUGCAAAGAAAAUACAAUGAUGCAGCCAUCAUAUAUCGAAGUACACGACAAAAGUUCCAGGACAUAUCGCCAGAGGAAAAUAAACAUUUUUGUUUAUCCUGCAAUGUACCUUUGAUUAGCAACGAUUUAGAUUCUCAUGUUGGCCAUGAUGUAAAACAUAAUUUGUCAAAGAGACUGUUAAAAAAUCCGACAAUUUUUCUGCCUCCCUUGGAUAAUGAUAAGGUGCAAGCUCAAUAUUUUUUCGAUGAAAAAUCAUUGGAAUUUUUUGAAAACACUUUGAGAGAUUUGAAAAUAAGCAAAGUUAUUUGUAUGGGAGCUCCCCGCCUGCAUGCCCACCUGUCUAACCUUUGGCCGAAUACUAUUAAGAGUUUCUUGUUGGAUUUUGAUCAUCGGUUUUACUACUUUUACAAUGACCAACAAUUUUGCUGGUAUAAUAUGUGCAAUAAUCACUUCUUUGACGAACUACAAAGACAAGAGUUUUUCAAGUUUCUAAAGUGUAAAAGCAAUGAAAGAUCACUUAUAUUCACCGAUCCUCCUUUUGGCUGCCGCACUGAAUUGAUAGGCAAUACAUUACAAAAACUCACCCGUCUAUACAACAAACUGAAUGAAUUGCCAUAUCAACCUUUGCCCAUAUUCUGGAUAUUCCCCUAUUUCUCUGGCCAUUAUCUGCAACAAGUUUUACCCUCCCUGCAAAUGUGCGAUUAUAAAAUAAAUUAUACGAAUCACGAUUCCUACACAGAUGUGGGCAAAUCAGCUCGCAAGCAAGGAUCUCCGGUUCGUUUGUUUACAAAUGUUCCCUUGGACCUUAUCAAAUUGCCCAUACAGGAACUCUAUAAGUAUUGCUCCAAAUGCGAAAGAUAUACAGCGCUAGAGAAUCGACAUUGUGACAAAUGCAAAAGUUGUCCUUCGAAAAAUGGCUCAACCUAUGUGCACUGCAAUCAGUGUGGCCUGUGUGUUAAGCCCAAUUAUGUGCAUUGUCAAAAUUGCCGCCGUUGUACACAAAGUGAGGGUCAUAACUGCAUUGAAUAUCAAUCGAAACAGAGGUGUUUUAUAUGUCGUCGCCUGGGUCACAUUGAACCACGUUGUGAUUUAUGGCAAAACAAAGCAAUUUGUCGAAUAUUUCCCUCGCACAUGGUGGAGUAUGGUAGAGAUAAAAGAUCAGUUAUUACAUGUCUACUGUGCAAUGGCAAGGGUCACAAUGAACUGCAUUGUGAAAAGCGUUCCUUAUAUCUGAAGGAAUCGACUUUUAUGGGAGAAACACAAUUGUGUGAAUAUGCUAAGUACAAAAAAUGUAUAUGACAAUUAAAUGGGUAGCUUGAAAACCAAAAU